AUGCACCCCUUCAAAAACUUCCUCCGCCUAUCCUUCCUCCCACGAACACGCGCCCGCGCGUCCCCAUGGAAGGGUAAAUCCGUCGAGAUCGGCCCCUGCAGCGUGCACUGCCACGACGAAUACCACCUAUCGUGGGGAAUUCCACCCCCAGCACCAGAACCAGAAUUAGCCCCUCUCCCACUCCAAAACAUCACAGUAGUCAACGUGAAAGUCGGUGACGAUGACCCCUCGCUCUUCUCCGACUCGGACUCGGAUAUCGAUAUGGCGGUGAACGAGCACGACGACGAGGACCUGCAUGACAUCGGUAUCGGCGCUAGCGGCAGCAGCAGUCGUUUGGUGCGCGUCGUCAGUUGGGCGAGUAUAUUGAGUCAUCGGUGUCGGUGGACGAGGCGUCAGGAACGCGAUCUCGCUAUCGCGGAGAGCGAGCUGAAGAGGUGUCAGAAAGCGUGGAGUUCGGAGCAGGAGGUUUGGUUGGUUUAUAUAAAGGCACUCACGGAAGAAAAAGAAGCGCAUGAAGAAUUCCUCUACCAGCGCGCGAAGCAGCAAGACGACGAGCAGCAACAUUUUCGCAAGUCGUGGGAUCGACGACGCUCAGGUUCCCAUGAGUACCAGCGACGGCAGUCUUUUCCGAUUUCUAGUCAUGGAGGAGGUAAAGAUAGUAGUCGGUUGAGAUGGCGGUUGAGGAGGCAGGGGACUAUAUAG